AAAAUAAAAAGAAUUCAGCUGAAAAAAGACCUCUAAGUCACCUUCUUUCGUCCUCAUCUAAGAAAGUGCAAGGGGACUUAGAAAAUGACAGUGAAGCUGCAGCAGCGUAGGGUGAUAGUGAUGUUGAGUUAAGUGAUGGCGAUAUGAAGAUGACAUUGUUGCUGAUCUUUUUGCUAAGAACAUUAAUGUUUGGUUUGAAGAAGGAGCUUCAAGGAUUGAGUUUGAUGUUCAAAAUUUAUUAUAGAGCUUGCUGAUGAGGAAGGUAGGACCAAUUAUCAAAACAGUCAUGAUGAAUUGGGUGAGUCUGAAGUUGAAUUAACAGCUUGGAUGGAUCUGAUGAUGAAAGGAAAAGCAUUAUCUAGUAUUCAAUCCAGAUGAUGACUUUAAGGUUAAGGUAAAAUUUUCUUUAAACUAAAAUUUUCCAUCUAAUAAUAUUUUUAAAAAGGUUUUAAAGCACCAUGUGAUUGAAAGUGGAUACAAUUACUAUUAUUUGCAUAAUGGUAGUAAAAAAACAGAGUGUAUAAUGCUUUAAUAAAUUUGGUUGUAGAAAAGUGGAAGAAAGGAUUAAAAAGUGCUCUUGUACCCAAAAGAAUAAAUGUAUAUUAAGAUUUAUGCUGUGAAAUUAAAGAAAGAGGAGACUUUUCAGAUUAAAAUUUAUAGAUCUGAGCGUACUUGUGGACACCAAUAGGAAAACAAUAAAAUCAUCGCCUUGUAUUUGGCGGAGAAGUAUUUAGAUCGGAUUGGAGAGAAAACCCAGGUAGGAAUUUAAAUGAUUUCAUAAAAAGAGUGAAUACGGAAUAUGGAUGUGAAGUGAAAUAUUUUAAGUGCUAUAAUGUAAAAAGAAUUUCCAUGAGGAGGAUUUAUAAGGAUGCAGAUGAGGAGUAUAGUAAGGUUAAGGAUGAUGUUGAAGCAAUUUAGAAAAUAUAAUCGAGGUAGUACAAUAGUAGUGAAGUGUAUUGGAAUAAAGUCUCCUUCCUUUAUAUCAAAGGAUGUAUAUUUGUUUAAAAGCUUGAGGUACCCAUUAAAAUUUGUUACGCGACCAACACACAAUUGUUAGUCUUCUUCUCCAUUAAUAAGGUAUACCCAUUAAAAUAAAACUUUCAAUCUAAUAUAAUUUAUUAGAAUUUGGGUUUUAUUUUUCUUGUUUUCUUGAGAAUAGAAUGAAGAGAAGAAGAUAGUUGGAAGGAAUUAGCCAUUGAAAGAGUUGUAUGCUUAAGGUACACUCCCACUCAAACAAAUUUAAUUGCUUGAUUUAAAUCUUGAAUAAGUGAAAUUUUAUGUUUUAUAUUUGAAUCAUGUGGAAACUAUAGAAAUUAGGUCAAUUAGUAAUCGUUGGGUUUUAAUUGAUUAAAUUGAAGAUGAAAACGUUACUUAAAUUAGCAAUUGGUAAAUUGAAUCUAAAGUGGAGAAAUUGAUAUUUGAGGUAUACCCACCAAGAUAAGCUUUAUUGGACUUAAUUUGUAUGUGUAGAUAAAAAUUGUUGUAAAUUGUUGAGAGUUGAUAUUGUUGGCAUCAAAUUAGAAAUGGAUGAUUUUUAUUGAAAGUUGAGAUUUUAGUUAGUCUUACUUUAGUUUAGGUUUAUUUGGAAUUGUUAGAAGAAAUGGGGAAACAAAAUUUAGUUGUUCAUGAUAAGAGCUAAUCGUAGAGCAUCAUUCAAUAUUAAAUUGAUUUUUGAUGCAAAUUGAGCUUUUAUGUGUUUGCCUUGAAACGAUUAUUAAUUGAAGUAUAGAAGUACUCCUUGUUGUUGUGGGUCUAUUGAAGAAUAACGUUGAAGUGGGUAUAAUUUAAGAGAUAGUGAUUUGAUUAGAAAUGGAAUUAUGAACAAAAGUUGAAAGUGAAUUGUACUUGUAAUUGUUUAAGAAGCGGGAAGAGUUGGAGUUAGAUUUAAUAUGAAUAAGGAUUAAAGAUUAAAUAAAUAAGUAUGAAUCAAGUACUAUGAGUUGGUCUAUUGUGUCUAUGACGAUUAGCAUUUUCUGGUUAGAUUUUUAUGGGUUGAUUUCGUUAAUUGUGGUUAUAAGGUGAUUUGUUUAGUUGAGUUUGACCUUUGUUAGUAAAGCGUUAGGUGAUUAAGUUAGAAAGUUAAGAUAAUAAGUUUGGGUGGCUAGUUUGGAUUUAUAAAUUAUUUGUUUGUUCGGAUAUGAGUUGAUUUUAUUUAGUUUGAACAAUGAGUUGAUUAUCGGUUAGUAUUGUGAAGUAAACUAUGAAGUUAGUCAUAUGGUUAAAAUUAAGUUAAAUUGUAGAAAUGAAUACAAAUUAUGUGUUAAAGUGACUAAAUUAAAUAAAAGUUAUGCCUACAUUAUUCAUAGGUAUCAUUUUGUUUACGAGUAAGCAUAUAAUAUUAUUGAUUAUAUAUUAAAUAUAAGAAAGAUUAGAAGCACAUUGAAUCAAGAACUAAGAAAAGGAGAUGCUUGAGGUAAAAGGGAGUUGGUGGUUUAAGUAAAUAAGGUAUAGGAUUAGUUGUACUAAUGUUUGAAUAAAAGCUUGUCAUUUCAGAAAACCAAAGUUAAACAUAGCUUAUUAGCUAGUUAAGUUUAAUAUAUUUAGUUAUUUAGCACAUAUAUGGUUAUCUUGAAGAUUUCGACUUCAUUAAGAAAUUAUAUUGACUAAGAUUGUCGUUUUGCUGUAUUGAAAAGGGUGGAUUUCUUACUCAAAUCUUUAAUAGUUACAAAAAGGGAUUACAAAGAUAUGUAUUUCACUUUAUCUGAGAAUGCUUUGAAUAUAAGAAGAUGUUCUUCCUAAUAUAGAAAGUUAUUUUUAUUUUCGAACCUUAAAAUCAUAGAAUAGUUACAGAAAAGAUAUAGAUAGUUCACUGUUUUGAAACGGGUGGGAUUACCUCUGUGGUGUCUCAAGGAAUUGGAACCUCGUCGGGAUUAUCUUGACACUACAUAAUAGUUGGGGGUACGUUGAUCAGUACCUAAGACUUAGAUCUUUUGCUACGGUUUGAUCGUAUGUGGGGUGUGCACACUAGAGAUCUUUGUCUAAUAGUUACCCGGAGGGUCUAGCUAGCCUGAUGGAAAAGAAGUUCGUUCCAUUCCAUAGAUUUAUGAUUUGAAGACUUUGAUAGGAAAAGUUUUAGUAAAGAAAGUAGAAAAGAAAGUUCUAUCCAUUGAAUGGUGAUUUCUAAUCUUGAAAGAAAAUGUUUUGGCAAAGGAAGCGGAAAGAUAUUUGAUUUAUAAAAACAGAAAAUAAAGAAUAAAGAAAAAUAUUUUAUAAUGUAUUUAUAUAGCGUUGUGUUUGCAAAAAAUAAAUGUUUUGUAGGAUAUGAUUAAUAAAUUCUACAUGCAAAUGUAUUCAGAUUUAUAGUAUGGUAUCUAAUACAGUUUGUUUAAAUAAUAUUACAUGCCGAACAUGAUCUACCUAAAGGUUAGAGUUGUUGUACAUUUAGAAAGCAGUGCCCAAUCAUUUUGUGUAAAUAUAGUUAUAAGAUUUCUUUUCCGCUAUAUGUUAUAUAUAAUCAGUAUUUUAGUUGGGUUGUGAGAGGAUUUAAGCUAUGUUAUAUGUGUACUCAGCAUAAGCUGACUAUGCAGUUUUGUUCUUUUAACCUGUCCUGGUGGGGGACAGAUUUUGAGAAGAUUAAGAUUGACGAAGUCAAUGGUAGCUGAAAGCGUAAAGAUUAAUAAUCAACAAAGUAAUCUCAACUAAUCACAUAAAAGAAUUCUCAUUUCCUACGGCAUUUGAAUGCAAUUAGAGAGAUAUUAGUGGAGGCAUAUGAGUACUUAACUACCAUUCCUAAUGCUCAGUGGUCUAGACAUGCAUUUUCAACAAAAAGUAAGUCUGAAAUGUUAUUUAAAGACUAUUGUGAAUUCUUUAAUAAUGUGUUGAGAGAGGCUAGUAGAAAGCAUAUCAUAUCUUUAAUAGAAUGGAUUAGAAGAUAUGUUAUGCAAAGGUGUGGAUCAAAAAAGGAAGGCCGAGGUAGGUUUGACGUAGUUGUUAUGCCUUUUGGAGCAAAAAUAAUUCAGAACUUGAGUAAAAAUGUGUAUCGGUAAAAGGGUUGGAUUAUUCUGAGUUAUUUUCCUUAAUAAAAUUUAAACUGAGACGAAUCAACUAAGAUCUCAUUUGAAUAUAUUUUAAUUUAUAGGUAGAGAAUAGUUUCCCCAAUUUUAAUAGUUGCUACAGUUCCUGUAGCGACUACUGUUUAUCAAUUGAUUUAUUUGAUAUAUAUUUGUCCAUGUAUAAUGUAAAAUAUAGUUAAGUGAGAUCUUAUUUGGUUCGUCUUAAUGCAUAUUUUCAUAUUAUUAAAUUUUUAGAACUUUUUAUCAUAUGAAAUUAAAGAUAGUAAAAAUUAAAACCGUGCAUUGGAUAAUGUUAAAAAUAGAAGUGUAGCAAUUAUUAAAAAUCAAAAAGCAAAAUAUAAACUAAAAGUAAUUGACAAAUAGUGGUCUUAACAAAAUAUUAUCCAAAAAUAAAAUUAAUACAAAUUAAAUAUAACAAAUCAAAAUAAACAUUCUUCAAAUUUAAUGGGACGAAGCGAGUCUACCCUUAAAUUUUCAACAUUUUUCUUGCGGAAAGUGGUCUUAACUUUUAAAUCUCGAGUCUGGACCCACAUUGUUUGCGGGCGCUGCGGAAAAUACACCAAAACCGGAACAUAUUUAACCACAAAUAACUCAGAAUUUCAGACUGUAGCAUUUCAAAUUGCACCAUAUCCUUCCUUUGAAGUCCAACUAUGGCGGGCGAUAUUCUCCAUCAUCAACAAGUCUCUUUAUUCUGCUCCCAAAUCAAACUCAGAAGCAGAUUUGACGAUUCAACGUUGCGAAUUUUGGAGUUAAUUCUUUCUGCGAAAAACGUGAACUUAUCGCUCGAACUCAGGAAUAAUCUGAAGGAAGUUUUAAGGUCACAAUCUCUCAUUGCUAUUCGCGAAGUUGCAGACAAAUCAGUUGAACAUAAAGUGCUGAUUCUCGAUUUUUUCGUUCGUGCUUUUGCGAUUGUCGAUGAUGUAGAGAGCUGUUUGGCUUUGAGAUAUGAAGGUUUGAAUUUUCGUGAAUCAAGGACUAUGAAUCAUCCGGAGCUUCAUGUUUCGUAUGGUGAAUGGAUGAACUUUGCCGAAGAUGCUUUUAACAACAGUUUUUACUCUGUCACUGCAAAGGCAUGCGAAAAUGCUCUUUUGUGUCUUAAUGUAAAUGGCAACUUCAUUAGUGACAAACUUGCUGGAAAUGCAAAGACCGUGAGGAAAUUACAGAGCCUUAAGGAUAUGGCUAUCAGAUUAUGUACUUCCCAUUGUGUUCAAGGUCAAGCUGCAGAGUACAUGAGAAAGAAGACUUUGAACCUUAAACAAUCUUUAUUUUCUGAAGAAGCAGAGAGUACAGCAAGCAUGUGCUUCAGAGAUGGGAUCAAACAGCAGAACAUACGUAACUUGUUACGUCUCAAAUAUCAGUAGCAAAUUUUCUGAGACUCCAAACUUCAGUUGAUGUUUGUCAGAAAUGGUGAACACUCGAGUUUGUCUUGCUGAUAAAAAUUCUCAUAUAACCACUUUCCAUUUCCAAAGGAGUCAUAGGUUCAAAAAACUUCUUUCAUGUUCAACAACCAUGUACUUGUCGUUGCUUUUACAGAAUUUAUUUAUUAUGCCAUUGUUGCAGUUUCUGUUUGUGUAGGAUAUUUUUCAUUGGGAACCUAUUGGUGAACUUUGGUUGAGCAGUUGGUCUGUUCAGAUUUGUAGACCUUCAACAUUCAAACUUUCCAUUGGUUUCAGGUUUGUUGUAAGUGCUUGUUACUUGUAUUCAAGUUACAUUAUUUAGAAUAUAUGAUAAUGCAAUUUUCAAGAAUUUCCACUUCACCCUAGUGCAUUUGGUGUGUGCAUUGGACAUCUAUGGAUUGUUCUUCUCUUAUGUAGUGAUAAAUGUUUGUUUUACCUUAGCUUAUAGUCUUGUUCUGUGAACAAAGAAUAACUUUACUUUACAAGGUUCUAACUUCUAAACCUGGUUUUUCGUUUUCGUAACUUUCCAGAGCAUAGGAGGUGAAAAACGGAGACUUGAAAAUUCUUGUCAUUUUUCCCUUUUGAUGUAAGACCAAGCAUUUUGUUAGAGUGAUUAGUCAUUAGUGAAAAUUGAUAUGCUUUAGGCUAAUUUUAGGAGGACAAAUACACGGAAAGAUGAGGAAAGUGAUUCAAGAAUGUGGUUUUUCAACUUCCAAGGUCAUAUUAUGGAGUUAGAAGAGAGUCAUUUUGAAUAAGGAAUAAAAGCUUUGAUUACCGAUGAAUUGUUCUCUCAAUUUUGCUUUUGAUAACAUGAUGAUUUCAAUACAUAUAUCUCAAUUAUUGAAGAACACCAAUUGGUUUUCAGGAUUUUCUAACUUUAUUAUUUCAUUGAAUUAUGUUGAAUGUGUGUGUUUAAAAGGUGUAAAGCUAUAGAUAUAUACAAAACACAAGCACAAUUAGGUGAGGGGCAAUGAUGUUGGUGCCCAUCAUCACAGUAUUCGAUUGAGGAUAUUUAGGAGAGAUAAAUGUAAAGAACAUAAAUACAAGAGAACGUACAACAAAUUUGUGUUGACUUUUCCUUUUUUCAACACUCCCCCCACCCCACAGCUUGGAUUAAUCUGAAUGAAAUCAUAGCUUGCGAAGGCGAUUAGAUUGUUGAGACUGAUUUUUAAAUAUGAAAGCCUUAGGAGGGAGGUUUUUGGAACCCAUAAAUGAAGCUAGAAAGGGAAGUUGGUAUUCAGCAAGGUAGUUAUAAUCUGUUAAAGUUGCAAGAAAAGAUUGCGGAUGACGUUGUACACAAGGGAAUUGUUGAUAAGAAACAAAGGUACGAGCUUGUUUCACAUUUCAUAUCAAAGAAACCAAGAGCCGGAUAUCAGUAUGAAUUUCAGUUGAUUCAGGAUAUCUUCUUAUCCAACUAUUUUAUAUGGAAUCUAGCCCUAUCCAAGCAUGCAUUAGGUUAGGCCUAUCAACAAUUUAAUAGAUGAAGCCCUCUAUUGAGU